GCGCGCUGUUUUCCUGUCAUCUGUGAUCUUUUUCUUCUUAACAGUUUCUGUUCCUCCAGUCAAACUUAGACUUUCAGCUCAUUUUUUGCUGUCUCAGGUUAGUAUAAAGCCAGCCAGCAUAAAGACCAACCCAUCAGGUAAGGAGCAGACUGCUGCUCUUCUUUUGCAUCGCCCUCAGCUCCAUCCUCAGCGUUCUGCCUCCCUACAUAAUGGAGUUUAUUGAAGAGAACUUGAAAAAGAGGAAGACUCACAGCCUAGUACAGUAGUGGUGACAGGGAAGGUGGGAUUUAAUUCCGGCAUUGCAUGUGCAAGGCUGGUGCUGGGAACUUCCCACUUUGCUUCACUCUCUAUGUGACACAAUUCCUUUUGUCUCAAGUCAUACCAUGUGGUCUGGUGAGCAAAUAUUGUGUCUCAAAACAAGACAAGGAGCUGAUUGGUUGGGAUGAAUGUACAAAGAAAGCAAAAAAAGGGAAAAAACAACCAUGCUGAAAGCUCACCAGGUGGUUUAUAUUGGCUUGGAGCUGCUGAUCGCUCUUCUGGCUGUGACUGGGAACAUCCUGGUCUGCUGGUCCGUCUGCCUGAACUCCAACCUGCAGAGCAUCACCAACUUCUUUGUGGUCUCAUUGGCAGUUGCUGAUAUCGCUGUGGGGCUGCUGGCAAUUCCCUUUGCCAUCACAAUUAGUGUGGGCUUCUGUGCCGACUUUUACGGCUGCCUCUUCAUCGCCUGCUUUCUCCUCAUACUCACGCAGAGCUCAAUCUUCAGUCUGCUGGCCAUUGCUGUGGACCGCUACAUCGCAAUCAAGAACCCUCUCAGGUACAACAGUCUGGUAACAGGGCAGAGGGCGAAGUGCAUUAUAGCUCUGUGCUGGACUCUGUCAGCUGGGAUCGGCCUGACCCCAAUGAUUGGUUGGAACACUGGAAGGAACUCCACAGAUAACAGCACAGGUACAAAUCGAUGCCCUGAAGGUAUGACCCAAUGCUUUUUUGAAAAAGUAGUUCCCUUGGACUAUAUGAUCUAUUUUAAUUUUUUUGGCUUCGUGCUGACCCCUCUGUUAGUCAUGCUGGUCAUCUACAUCAAUAUAUUCAUGGUAGCGAGACGGCAGCUCCGUCAGAUGAGCAUCAAGGUUGCACACAUGCCUCUUCCUGGACAAAGAGCACCUUCUUCAAACUCUUCCCGGUCUUUCCUGCAGAAGGAAGUGCAUGCUGCCAAAUCACUGGCCAUUAUCGUGGGCUUGUUUGCUCUUUGCUGGCUUCCUGUACAUAUCAUUAACUGCGUCAACCACCUGUGUAAGGACUGCAAGCGUCCAACAAUUUGGGUGAUGAACGUUGCCAUAAUCCUCUCCCAUGCAAACUCUGUGGUGAAUCCUUUUAUCUACGCCUACCGGAUCAGGGAGUUCAGACAGACUUUUCGAAAGAUUUUUCACAAACACAUCCUGAGGCAGACAGACAGGGAUGGAAUUGGAGCUGGAAGUGUAUACAGUAGAGAUAUUGGCUGCAACAGCAUCCGACGGGGAUCCCAAACAAGUAAAGAGGGUUCAACGUGUGGCACAGUGGUGAAUAACUACAUCCUGGAUUCUGAUCAGUCAAAAGCUGAAGUUAAACAAGAGACUUCUAGACACUGGACAUUAAAUUUAGAUGCACUUCAAAGCAGCGGCAUACCCAAUGGACACAAGAUGCAAAGUAACACCUUUGCAGCGAUGCAGGACAAGCCUUGCAUGACAUUUUGUGCACAGGAUGCUGUAGAAUCAACCAUUCAUGAAGAGGAAACAGCAAAUGUUUUAGAGCUCAAAGACAGGGGAGACUGCACUGCUUUUGUCAAUGUUCAAGCUGUCUCCAUACAAAAGACAGGGGGCUGCUGCUCUACAGAUAUAACAGAGAACUUAUGACAUAUAUGCUCAUACAUAUGUUUUUCAUCCCAGUUGCACACAACAUGUAUGAAGACAAUUUGUGGACAAAAACACUGAACAGAACACUGAGUUCUCUUAAGAGUAAAAACAGUUUUUUUUUUGCUCAAUACUUUUAUUCCCUUUAAGAGCUAAAUUUAGGUUGAAGGUCUUGCAACAUAAACAUAUUGAUGCAAAGUUCAAGAUAAGCUUGUAUUUUCUCUGCUUGUUGCGCAUUGACCUAUUGAUAUGCUAGCAUUUUUUCUAAAUGUAAUGUGCUUUUAUAUGUAGGUGGUUUACAGUAAGAAAACAAUAUGAAAUCUAAAUGUGAACAAAAAUAACAACACAUUACAACAGAUAGAUUUUCUUAGACCCUGCAUAUAUGUUCAUUUUCUAUAAGGUUUUAUAUAAAACACUAAAUGUAUUUGGUUUUUGUAUGGAAAUUGGCAAAAGCUUGAUGAAGAAAGACGAGCUCAAUUGAGGUUAAAUAUGGAAAUAUGUAUAUGGUUUUCCUCUGGCUAUGUGAAUACUAAGUGGGCCUGAAUUCAGAAAGGGCUUCAUGAGGAUCCACGUGAGUUUACUAAAUAAAAAAUAGCAAAAAGCAGUUGGGAACAAUCUGGUGGAACUUAAAUGGCUUUUAAGGUUAAGGUAGUACAUUUAGAACCCAUACAUAUCCUGCUUUUUACCCAGAGUUGCACUGCGUUAAACCCAUUAAGCUAAUUACCGUGAAACCCAUGAACAAUUAAAAAAGGGAUCUAUUAUUCAACCGAUUUCCUACUUUGAUAAAUUCCAUAUGAAAAUGUAAUAGAAGAAGACUACAUACCCUAAAUGGACAAAAAGAGCGAGUGCACUGUAAAAACAGCAAGGGUACCAGGAAAAUUUGAUCUUGACAACUUAAAAGAAAAUGUUUUUCCCCUCUCGCAAAUAAAAUUGAAUUCAAAGUUG